UUGGAGCACUACGUGUGUCACUUGGACCUUUCUUCAACUUCGACUCUGAAGCAACACCACAUACAUCGAAAAGCGAAACCGAACUGUCACCAUGGGAAAAUUCAAGAUUAGCUCUUGGCUGAACCACAGCCCGUCACCCAGCUCCGACGAGGACGGAAAGAAGCAAAACCGCUUGUCGUUUUCGGCCCUUUCUUCAUCACUAUCCUCCAAGCCCAAGGAGCCUCAGUCCACCACCACUGGAAUUCAUACCCCACCUCCCGAUGAGCCGGAGCAGCCGACGUCAACCUCGCGGAUGAUUGUGUUGGCGCAAAAGAUUGCAAAGGAAACGGAAAAGCUGGAGACGUACAUGAAGGAAAACAACCUCCCGAUGCCAAGUUUCGACGUUGAUGCUCCCGCGGAUUUCCCGAAACUUCCCGCCGAGAUUUCGAAGAGCAGACAGGAAAUCAUCUUUGCUACCAGAGAACUGGGCUUGCUCGCACAUGGACCCCGCGAGUCGCUUAGAUGGGGUGUUUGGGAGUUCCUUGACGUCCUUGCCUUGCAAGUUAUCACUCACUAUGGCAUCGCAAAACUGUUCCCCCCAACCGAGACCAUCACCCUCUCGGAGCUCCAAUCCAAGACGUCACUGGACCCCAUUAACCUGGCCCGCGUCCUCCGCCUCGCCAUGACCAAGGGCAUCUUCCGCGAGCCCACCCCGGGCAUGAUCGCCCACACAGCUGCCUCCCGCGUGCUUGCCGAGGACGGCGAUCUGCACGCCUGGAUUGCCUUCAACGGCGAGGACAUCUUCCCGGCUGCCGCCCACGUGCUCGAGGCACUCAAGACCCACCCCGAAGCCACCUCGCUCACCCGUGCCGGCUUCCAGUUCGCCUUCGACACGGUCGACAAGGAGCCCAUGUUCGUCACUUUCGGCAAGGACCCGGCGCGCGCGCGGCGUAUGGGCAAGGCCAUGGCCAGCCUUACUGGCGGCGAGGGCUACGAGGUCUCGUACCUGCUCGACGUCGAAGGUGGCGGCUACGACUUUAGCGAGAUCGACGCCAAGGGAGGCAAGUUCGUGGACGUGGGUGGUUCGCACGGUUUCGUGUCCGUGGAUUUGGCCAAGAAGUACAAGAACAUGAAGUUUGUGGUCCAGGAUACGGCCAAGACGGUGGAGAGCGCUCCCAAGCCGAUUUGCGAGGACGAGCAGGUUGCUGGCAGGAUUGAGUUGAUGCCUCAUGAUUUCUUCCAAGAGCAGCCUACCAAGGAUGCUGAUGUCUACUUCUUCCGCUGGAUCAUGCACAACUACUCAACCCCCUACGCCAUCAAGCUCCUCAAGAACUUGAUCCCCGCCCUCAAGCCCGGCGCCCGCGUCAUCAUUAACGACCAUUGCCUCCUCGAGGCCGGCCAGGAAAACCCCUGGGACGAGACCGUCAUGCGUCGCAUGGACUUGGUCAUGCUGGCGCUGCUCAACGCGCAGGAGCGCACCGAGGCCGAGUUCAGGGAGUUGUUCAAGUCUGCUAGUGAUGGGUUUGUUUUCAAGGGCGUCACAAGGCCCAAGGGAUGCCGGAUGAGCAUCAUCGAGGCCGUUUGGCGACCUGACCUCGUUGAGGACGGUGCUGCUGCUGCUGCUAUUACUGCUGCUACCACUGCCGCCGAGGUCGAAACUCCUACAACAGAUACCCUCGAGGAGCAGCUCAAGGUUGAGGAACUGAAAUUGGAGGAUGAGGAGGCUAAGUGAAGAACCAGCAGCUUUAUGGGGUUGAUCUGAAAGGAGAAAGGAUGUGUCGCCCGUAGCGGAGGGUUUCCGGCAGCCAGUCUUAGUGAGUGAGGGCCUUCUUCUUCCCAGGUCCUACUAGUACAUUAUUCUUUUACUUCUUUCAUGAGGCUUUUGGAGGAUACCCUUUGGAGGCAACGGCAGAGAGCUUACCUUUUUCAAGAAGAUACCAAAGAGAUGGGAGAGGAGGUGAAGAGAGGAAGGAGUGAGGAAACAGCAGAGUAGCCGGUCGCAUCACCGACCUCGCCAACCUCACCCACUCAGAAAUGUUAUAUAUACCCUUGACGUAAGCAGUGCUUAGCUAGUAAUCGGAAUUAACUAAUGCUAUC